CGGAGAUCAGAGUCGUCAGCGCGAGCCUGCUCUCUCUCUCUCUCUCUCUCUCUCCACACUAUAAUUAACCAGACAAACUAGCCGUUUCCCACGCAAUGGGGUCGCACCCUUAAAUUCGAGUGGACUAAGAUUUCAAGUAGGAACCGAAGUUGCAUGGACUAGUAACCUGCACUGAAGCGCGCGGAUCACCGGCUCGACUUUCAGCUUCUUCCUCUUCUGCUUCUUGUGGGAUUAUUGGAGCGAGCUGCCUCGAGCCCUGGUGCUUCUGCUCACCUUCAGAAACCAUGGUGUUUCACGGAAAAUCUGAUUUUUCCUCUUGCUAAAAAAAACCCCAACAUUUCGUGGUUGUUUCCUUUUGAUUUUUUUUUUUUUUUGGUAUAAGAUCUAAAAGUCAUCAUGGACCUUGUGUGGAUUUUUCUCACCGUGUGCACUACAUUCAGCGCGGUCACGCGUGGAUCCCAAGGAGCUUGUGUCCACCAAGGAGUCCAGGUUGCGAACAAUACAUCAUGGAAACCAGAUGCUUGUCAAGACUGCACCUGCCACGGCGACGUUGUCAUGUGCAAGGCGAUGCAAUGCCAAAACCCUCAGUGUGACUUUCAAAGGGGUGAGAGUUUGAGAAUCCCCGCAAACAGAUGCUGUCCGGAGUGUUUCCCACAGUCAGCCGGCUCUUGCCAGCAUCAGGGAGCAGUAUAUGGGCAUGGCAGCCAGUGGAGCGAGUCCAAGUGCUCAGUGUGUACAUGUGCUUCUGGGAAAGUGACCUGUGUCCCUCCUGCCUGUCCUCCUCUCAGCUGUGGGAGAGGACAGACUCCUUACGUCCCUGUCGGAGAGUGCUGCCCAAAAUGUGCCCGAAAUGGAGCUUCUUGCUCUUGGGAAGGAGAAGAGCACAGGGAUGGAGAGGAAUGGAGUCCCAGUCCCUGUAUGAGGUGUGAGUGUAGAAACAGACAAGUGCAGUGCUCUGUCGCAGAGUGUCAACCUAUUACAUGCAAGCCGAACGAAAACCUAGUGAUCCAGCCAGGACAAUGCUGCCCUCAGUGCAUUUCAAACCCUUGCAUAGCUGCUGGAAAAGAAUACAAGGAUGGUCAACAGUGGCAGAAAAGCAGCUGUACCACCUGUGUGUGUCACCGCGGGCAAUCACGAUGUCAUACAGAAAAAUGCAGCCCUCUCCAGUGUGACAAGGGUGAGAUGAAGGUGAGGCGGCCCGGCCAGUGUUGUGAGGAGUGCGUCUCCACCAAAGGCAGCUGUCUAUAUGAGGGUACCACACGUUAUCAUGGUGACAUGUGGAACGGUACAGGCUGUGAGUUCUGCACGUGCCAGCGUGGCCAUGUGCUAUGCCAACGUGCUGAGUGUGCUAGACUGGACUGCCCACGGGGGGAAGAGUUGGUGUAUUUAAGUGGGAAGUGCUGCCCAGAGUGUAAACCAUCAGUCAGUUCUUGUGUGUAUACGCACCUGGAAAACGAGGGUGAGAAAUCCACUGUGAAGAGUUUCAGACGUCUUGCUAAUCUGGAGAGUGUGAGUGAUGGUCCAUGUCGGGAGUGCCAGUGUCAAAAUGGUCAUGUGACCUGUUAUCAGCGCUCCUGUCCCACGUGUCCUGUCGGCACCCUUGCCAUGCCUCAGCAGGGACAGUGCUGCCCCGAAUGCCACCCAGCGGUCCAGUGUCAUCCAGACUGUUUGACAUGCUCCACUACGCCGGAUCAGUGCAAUAGCUGUAAAGACCCUGGAGCGUUUCUGUGGAAAGGACACUGUGUGCACAUUUGUCCUCACGGUUUUUUCCCUAAUGGCAGAGUCUGUGCAGCCUGCCAGCCAUCCUGUGUCACCUGUGAGAACAGCUUCGAGUGUACAGCAUGUGGUGGGUCGUUGCUGCUCAGCGGUAGGCAGUGUGUGGCCGCCUGCGAGACGGGACUAUACCAAGACCACACACAGUGCCUGAGUUGCCAUGACUCCUGUUCCUCAUGCCAAGGGGCGGGUCCUCAGGACUGUCUGUCAUGCGCUGACCCGUCCCAUCUGCUGAAGGACGGCUUUUGUGUUGCAGAGUGUGGGCCGGGCUUCUACAUCAGUCAAGGCCGCUGUUAUGAAUGUGACCCAUCCUGCAUCACCUGUAAGCCUGAUAACCCCAGCUGCUUGAGCUGCCCCAGUGGCUAUGCACUGCAUCAUGGGAAAUGUGUUUCCGAUUGCCCGGAUCAGCAUUACAAAGACAGACACGGCCGUUGUCAAUUGUGUCACAGCUCAUGUGCAUCCUGCUCCGGACCCUCAGCAGCCCAGUGCUCUUCAUGCCCCGGCUCUCUCCUUCUGCACCGUGGCGAGUGCGUGGAGUCGUGUGGAGAGGGUUUGUUCAACAGAGAUGGACGCUGUUACAGUUGCCACGUAUCUUGUCGGGCUUGUGUAGGUCCCGAUUCCUCAGACUGUCUACGGUGUGUAAAGCCAGAGGAAGUGCUGCAGCCUCAGAAUGCACAUGUUUCUAAUGGCAUGUGUUUAUCGUCCUGUUUGUCACAGCAUUACCUCGACUCAGAUCUCAUCUGCAGAGAAUGCCAUGCGUCAUGUUCACACUGUACAGCAGGAAACGCCUACAGCUGUACUUCUUGCCUUCAAUCCAAUGUCCUCUACAAUGGACAAUGCCUCAAUCAAUGUCCUCAUGGCUUCUAUGUCCAGGAUCGAACCUGCCAUGCUUGCCACCCAACAUGUAAGGAGUGUUCUGGUCCUUCUCAAGCUGACUGCACCGUCUGCCCACCUCACGCCAGCCUCCAUAACGGCUACUGCCGGACCAGCUGCCCUGAGGGACAGUACCUAAAUGCUGUGGGCUACUGUAGUGAGUGUCGGGAGGGCUGUCAGCGGUGUACAGCAGACCUGCAGCUCGGCUCUGGGACUGUGUGUUUGUGGUGUAAAGGUUCUCGGAUGCUGCUGCUGGGAGAUCACUGUGUGCAGCAUUGUCCACCGGGACACUACAAAUACCAUGGAGCCUGCAAGAAAUGCCAUUCAUCCUGUGCAGACUGCAGUGGAGAAGGACCUCUGUCUUGUACUUCCUGUUCGGCCCCUGAUGUUCUUGCCCCGUCUGGUAUGUGCACAUCUCGAUGCCCCAUUGGAUACUAUGCUGAUGAAAACCAAGUGUGUCAAACAUGUGACCGCCAGUGUCGGAGCUGUGAGAUGGCAGGAGUGUGUACGUCCUGCAGAGACCCGGCGAAGGUUCUACUGUUCGGCGAGUGUCAGUAUGAGAGCUGUGCCCAGCAGUACUACCUCAACACCAGCACACACACCUGCAGGGAGUGUGACUGGAGCUGUAACGCAUGUCGGGGUCCCCUCCGCACUGAUUGUCUGCAGUGUAUGGAAGGUCACGUCCUGCAGAAUGGAGUCUGUGUUCCAUCUUGCUCUCCAGGGUCAUACCAGGACAGCGAGAGAUGCCUGAGCUGUGAUGAUCACUGUAAACAGUGCCAAGGUCCUGGACAAUGUCUUCACUGCCAACUUCCUUAUGCCUCUUUGAACGGCCAAUGCGUGCUGAAUUGUGGCAGCCACCACAUCCUCGAUCCGGCUACACAACAGUGUGUUGCAUGCCCUUCGGGUUGUGUGGAGUGCGUGAGUGUGGGUCAGUGCCGCGUUUGUGCUAAUAACAUGUUCAUCAAGAAUGGACAAUGCACUCCAGAUUGUGGUCAUGGAUACUAUGCUGACAGGAAGGCCAGAGAAUGCCAAGCAAACACGCAUCCUCCAUCUCUCCAUAUCAACGGCUCAUUUCCGGUGUCUAUCGGUGGAGUGACCCCUCUGGACCCUGCACUCCUAUUAGUCAAAGACUCAGACAGCCAAUCAGAGAGCUUGCUGCUGCAACUGUUAAAGCCUCCAAGUAACGGCCAGCUAAUGGUGCUGGAGGACGGGCGAGAGAGAGCGCUGGACGAGGAUGACACCUUCACCCUCUUACAAGUGAAAAACAGAGCAGUGCGCUUCAUCCACACCGCAGCCCAAACCAAGGCUGGCCAGUUCACCUUGAGAGCGGCGGAUCCACAGCUGUUCUCUCAGCCACAGACUGUUAAUUUACAGGCUGUGUCUCAGCAGCCACCCGUAGUGGUAACCAACCAACCCAUUUACAUCGAGCCCGGUGAAACCUUUGUCCUUACUAGAUCUGUUCUUCACGUUGAGGACUAUGACAACCCUCAAGACAUUCUUCUGAUGGUUCUGGAGCCUCCCCAACAUGGCCGUCUGACUCGAGUCCAUGGAGACGGGCAGGUGUCCCAUUUUAAGCUGGAAGAACUGGUGCGUGAGCAGAUACAGUACAGCCACGAUGGCACCAGUGGGGAGCAGGACAGAUUUCUUCUGCAGAUUAACGAUGGACACAGCUACCAGAAUGUCCUCGUCCAUGUCAACAUUGCUCAGAGGAACGGACUCGCUCCUCACAUGCGCUCAAUUCCUAAGACCUGGGUGAGAGAAGGAGGGAUGGUGCAGUUGUCCAAGAAACAUCUCAGAGCUGAAUAUAAAGGAGCCAGUGACUCUGAGAUCCUCUACACCAUCCAGUCUGACAGCGGACAGCCCCAAUACGGUGAGAUUGUGUUGGUGUCCAUGGCAGCUGAUGGUCCAGUGGAGUCAUGGCAGUCUUUUCCAGAGGGCAGAGAUACGACACCGACCUCUUCUUUUACGCAGCAAGAUGUCAACGAGGGCACUGUGUGGUACCGUCACUACGGGAGAGGCACUCAGAGAGACAGCUUCCAGUUUCAGGUCGCUGCUGAAGCUUUUCCAGACACACGCUCAGACGCUCAGACCUUCACAAUCGGUGUGAUGCCUCAGACUCCAGGUCUUCCUCAUCUCACCCCUGGAGCAGAUCUUCAGAUCAAUGCACUGGAAGAUCACGUUACCCUGAUAACACCCUCCGCUCUCUCCUUCACUGACUCAGAGACGCCAAGCAACAAGUUGAUUUACAACAUCACCAAACCACUACCUGCAGGCCACGGCACUCUGGAGCACCGGGACAGGGCGUACUCUCAUGUCCGUUUUUUUACACAGGCCGAUGUAGAUGCUGGAAAUAUCAUCUACAGGCCACCACAGGCUCCGACCCAUUUGCAGGAACUUUACCAGUACUCCUUCACUGGCCUGCCAGAGUCAGUGAACUUCCAUUUCACAGUAUCUGAUGGCCAUCAUACCACCCCUGAGAUGGACUUUUCAAUCCUGCUGUUGGCCAAUCAUCAGCAACCUCCAGUUUUUCAAAUAUUGGACCCGGUGCUGGAGGUUAGCCUGGGAGGCAGAGCACCAAUCGGUGGUCAGCAGUUGGCAGUAACAGAUGCUGACACUGCACCAGAUGAGCUGGAGUUUGAGCUGGUGGAGGGUCCAGUGCAUGGAACCCUGCUGAGGGUGGAUUUUGGCUCUCAGACCCAAAUGAUUAACGGUGACACCUUCACCUUCAGUGACAUCACCAGGAAUGUCCUUCAGUAUGAGCAUUCUGGUCUCACCACCGAGGAGGACACCAUGAUAUUCUCUGUAACGGAUGGAAUGUCCAUGGCAUCAACCACAGUGCAGGUGACCGUUUUAGAGGUCAGAGGAGAUGGUCCGAAACGUGACCCUAAGGCCUUGCUGUCGAUGGAAGUGGCAGAGAAGAGCAGCACUGUCAUCAGACGCUCACAUCUGGCUUAUGUGGACAAUGACUCCUCAGAUGAUAAGAUUCGUAUCCAGCUUGUUUCGGUGCCCAUGUACGGGAUCCUUACCAAGACUAAUUCCGCCUCAGACCAUGAAGAGCUCAAUGAGUAUUCUUCCUUCACCAUGGAGGACAUCAACCACCACAAGAUCCGGUAUGUCACAUCAUUUGAUACCGGUAAUCAGCCUGUCACCGAUAUUUUCCACUUCGUUGUCUAUGAUGCUGAGAACAACCGCCUGGACAACCAGAUGUGCACCAUUACCAUCACCUCUGUGCAGAGACAGCCACCUGUAGUCACUGUACGCAGUGGUAUCAAGGUCCAAGAGGGAGGCCGAGUCCAACUGUCAGCCAAUCAUAUCAUCGCAUCUGACCCUGACACUGCACAAAAGGAUCUGCUUGUGUGGCUAAUCAGUCCUCCAAAAUAUGGCUUUAUUGAGAAUAUAAAACGAGCUGGUUCGGUUGGUGAAGCUCGUAUAAUCAACCCCGAUGUCCCGUUCACAAUUGAGGACCUCAUCUCAGACCACAUCUUCUAUGUUCAAAAUGUCCACCAAGCAAACGUCCACCAAGACGUCUUUAGCUUUUACAUCAGUGAUGGCUCCAGCCAGACAGAAGCUUUUGAUGUUACCAUUGAUAUCCAGCAAACUAAGGAAGACCGAGUCCCAGUUAUCUCUGUAAACAGCAUCCAUGUGGAGGAGAACACAGGCGUCGUCAUCACCAAUUCCUCCCUCAGUGUGUUGGAUCUAGAUACCCCAGAGAAUGAGAUUGUGCUUACUAUCAUCAAAAAGCCUUCCUACGGUAAGCUACGCAGGCGACAAUUCUACUCACAGCCACUAGAGACUGGUAAGGUGCUCCAUCAGGGUUCCACAUUCACCUACCAGGACAUUCUAGAUGAGCUGCUGGUGUACACUCCAGACUCACAUGGAUCAGUGACUGACGAGAUUCACUUCUCUGUAACGGAUGGAGUGCACACGGAGACGGGCCGCCUGGAGUUCAGCAUGGAUGUUAAAAAGAGUGAAGGACCAAGAGUCACGAUUAACAGAGGCCUUCAGAUCGCAGCAGGUUAUUCAUCGAAGAUCACAGAGCAGCACCUGAAAGGCACAGAUAUCGAUUCAGACAACCUGAAGCUUAAGUUCACUCUGACUAAAGAUCUGAGUGUGGGCACACUGCAGCUUCACAAAGGCAGAAACAAAGUCCAGAUCUCUGCCAAAGGACCGGUCAGGAGCUUCACACAGGACGACAUCAACAAAGGCUUUGUGGAGUAUAUCCAUGAAAAAGGAGAGAGUGGAGGCAGCUUUUCUUUUAAAUUUAACCUUGAAGAUCCAGAGGGCAACAAAGUGAUAGAUGAGUCUUUCUUCAUCACUGUUCUCGAGGACAGACUUCCUCCGGCUGUAGUUGUGAAUAAGGGUUUGGUGCUGGAUGAAAACUCUGUGAAGAAGAUCACGACUCUGCAGCUGUCCUCCACAGACCAGGACAGUGAGCCUGGAGAACUUGUUUAUCGUAUCACUAAACAGACUCUACUGGGCCAUCUGGAACUUUCCACCAACCCAGGCAAGCGCAUCAGCACGUUCACUCAGGCCGACCUGGCCUCACGCAACGUGCAGUAUGUCCACACCAGUGAAGAAGAGAAACACUCAGACGACUUAACAUUCACCGUAUCGGAUGGGGCUAAUGAGAUCUCACAGACGUUCUACAUCACCAUCCGGCCAGUGGACGACUCACUGCCUGUGUUGGCCAUGUCAGGGAUGAGGGUGCAGGAGGGAGUGAGGAAAACCAUCACUGAGUUUGAGCUCAAGGCCACUGAUGCAGACACAGAGGAGGACCUGAUCACGUUUACCAUCGUUCAGGCUCCUCGUCACGGCACCAUCGAGCGCACCAGCAACGGUCAGCACUACCGGCAAACCAACACCUUCACCAUGGACGACGUUUAUCAGAACCGCAUCAGCUACCAUCACGACGGCAGCAACUCUCUGAAAGACCGCUUUACUUUUACUGUCGGUGACGGCACUAACAUGUUCUUCAUCAUAGAAGAAGGUGGAAAAGAGGUUGUUACUGCUGCACCUCAGAAGUUUAAGAUUGACAUCCUACCUGUUGAUGAUGGAACGCCUCGCAUCGUCACUAACCUGGGCCUGCAGUGGCUGGAGUACAUGGACAAUAGGGCAACAAACCUGAUCUCAAAGAAGGAGCUCCUCACCAUCGAUCCAGACACAGACGAUGGUCAGCUGACUUAUGAGAUCACAGCCGGACCCAAACAUGGUUAUGUGGAGAGCAAGCUGAAACCCGGAGUCCCCAUUACCUCUUUUACACAAGCUGAUGUCAACCUCGGACUCAUCCGCUAUGUUCUAAACGAUGAUGGCGUCCAGGAGACCAUGGACAACUUCAAGUUCCUGGUGAAAGACAGCAAGCCCAACAUCGUCAGUGACAACGUGUUCCACAUUCAGUGGUCCCUCAUCAGCUUCGAGCAUAGCAGCUAUAACGUGAGUGAGAAGGCCGGCACUGUGGCAGUGACGGUAAAGAGGACAGGAAAUCUCAACCAGUAUGCCAUUGUGCUGUGCCGCACCGAGCAGGGAACCGCCACUUCCACGUCCACCGCUGGCUCUCAGCCUGGCAAACAUGACUACGUGGAGCAUGCAGGACAGGUUCAGUUCGACGAGCGCGAGGACACCAAAGUGUGUACCAUCGUGAUCAACAAUGACGAGGUGUUUGAAAACAUCGAGAGCUUCACAGUGGAGCUGAGCAUGCCCGUGUACGCUCUGCUGGGUCAGGUGACCCGGGCCAAAGUGAACAUUAAUGACACCGAGGAUGAGCCCACCCUGCAGUUUGACAAAAAAUCUUACCACAUCAACGAGAGCAACGGCUUCAUCUUCGUUCCCAUUGAGAGAAAAGGUGACACCAGCAGCACCGUGUCGGCUCUUUGCUACACCAUUCCCAGGUCAGCACGAGGCAGCAGCCUCCACGCUCUGGAGUCAGGAUCUGACUAUAAGAGUCGCAGCAUGAGCUCAGAGAACCGUGUGGUGCUGGGCCCUGGGGUCAGCAUGUCUACCUGUGAUGUCACGCUGAUCGACGACAGUGAGUACGAGCUGUCUGAGGAGUUUGAGCUGGUGUUGUCGGAUGCCUCUGAUAACGCCCGAAUGGGGGACAUCACGGUGGCAAAAGUAAUCAUCGACGGCCCCAACGACGCCUCAACCGUGUUCCUGGGCAACGCAUCUUUCAGCUUCAGUGAGGACGCAGGCACGAUCGAGAUCCCGGUGUUGCGUCAGGGCAGUGAUCUUUCCUCUGUGGCGUCAGUGUGGUGCGCUACCCGUCCAGCUGACCAGGACUCUGCCACUCCCGGAGUGGACUACAUCCCCAGCUCGAAAAAAGUCGACUUCAAGCCUGGCAAGACUGAAGAGACUUGUAGUUUGACCAUCAUGGAUGACAUCCAGAACCCCACCAUCGAAGGAAAGGAGUCUUUCAUCGUCUUCCUCAGCUCUCCUCAUGGCGCUGUUCUCACAGAACCUCACGAGGCUUCGGUUUAUAUUGUCGACAGCACGCAAGAUCUUCCCAGUAUGCAGUUUGAGAAGGUAGCAUAUACGGUCAAGGAGAAAGAAGGAGUCCUGCACAUCCCCAUCAUCAGGACGGGCGAUCUGUCUUACAAAUCUUCAGUUCGGUGUUUCACACGCACCAUGUCUGCCAUGGUGAUGGAUGACUUUGAGGAGAGGAGGAAUGCAGAUGUCUCUCGUGUGGUUUUCCUCAAAGGAGAGAAGGUGAAGAAUUGCACAGUACACAUCAACGACGACUCCGUAUUUGAACCCGAGGAAGAGUUUCAGGUCCACUUAGGCACACCACAGGGGGAUCACUGGAGCGGAGCCAUGAUCGGGGUCAAUGACAUUGUCACUGUGACCAUCACUAACGAUGAGGAUGCACCAACGAUUGAGUUUGAACAAGCUUCUUAUCAAGUGCGAGAGCCUCCCGGUCCAGACGGCAUUGAGGUCCUGAAUAUUAAAGUCAUCAGGAAAGGAGACUUGGACCGCACCUCCAAGAUCCGCUGCAGCACCAGGGACGGAUCAGCGCAGUCCGGAGUAGACUAUAACCCAAAGAGUCGCGUUCUCAAGUUUAGCCCUGGUGUGGACCACAUUCUCUUCAAGGUUGAGAUCUUGUCCAACGAGGAAAGGGAGUGGCAUGAAUCUUUCUCGCUGGUUCUCGGCCCUGACGACCCAGUCGAAGCUGUACUUGGAGAGGUUACCAUGGCAACAGUCACUAUUCUUGAUCAGGAAGCUGCAGGAAGUCUAAUCCUUCCUGCUCCUCCAAUUGUAGUCUCGCUCUCGGACUACGACUAUGUCCAAGAGGUGACCAAGGAGAACAGUAAGAAGUCUCCAUCUCCAGGUUACCCUCUGGUCUGCGUGACCCCUUGUGACCCCCAUUAUCCUAAGUACUCAGUAAUGAGAGAGCGCUGCGAGGAGGCCGGCAUCAACCAGACCUCCAUUCACUUCAGCUGGGAGGUGGCAGCACCCACAGACAGCAGUGGAUCCAGGUCUCCGUUUGAGACGGUCACAGACAACACACCCUAUACAACCAUCAACCACAUGGUCCUGGACAGUAUCUACUUUAGCCGGCGCUUCCAUGUGCGCUGUGUGGCUCAGGCCCGGGAUAAGGCUGGGCAUCUGGGUACACCACUAAGGAGCAACAUCGUCACUAUUGGAACUGAAGGCUCUAUAUGCCACACCCCGGUGACCACCGGAACCGCCCGUGGCUUCCAAGCCCAGUCCUUUAUUGCCACACUAAAAUACCUGGAUGUCAAACACAAAGAGCAUCCUAACAGGAUUCACAUCUCCGUUCAGAUCCCUCAUCAGGAUGGAAUGUUACCUCUGGUGUCCACUAUGCCACUACACAAUCUGCACUUCCUGCUCUCUGAGUCCAUUUACCGCCAGCAACACAUUUGCUCCAACCUUGUUACCCUUAAAGACCUGCAAGGCAUCUCUGAAACUGGUUUCCUGGAUGAUGUGUCCUAUGAUAGCAUAUCUUUGGGUCCCGGCUACGAUCGUCCCUACCAGUUUAACCCCAACAUCCGUGAACCCAGAACCAUCCAGCUGUACAAGCAUCUCAAUCUGAAGAGCUGCAUCUGGACUUUCGAUGCUUACUAUGAUAUGACCGAACUUAUCGACGUAUGUGGGGGAUCGGUCACUGCUGACUUCCAGGUGAGAGACUCGGCACAGUCUUUUCUAACAGUGCAGGUUCCUCUCUAUGUGUCCUACAUCUACGUGACAGCGCCUCGAGGCUGGGCCUCCCUGGAGCACCACACAGAGAUGGAGUUCUCUUUCUUCUAUGAUACAGUGCUGUGGAGGACAGGCAUUCAGACAGACAGCGUGCUCUCAGCCAGACUGCAGAUCAUCAGGAUCUUCAUCAAAGAAGAUGGACGGCUAGUGAUCGAGUUUAAAACACAUGCUAAAUUCAGGGGUCAGUUUGUUCCAGAUCAUCACACUCUCCCUGGACACAAAUCUCACCUGAUGGCACCGGAUCACCUCGGAGGCAUUGAGUUUGAUCUGCAGCUCGUUUGGAGCGCACAGACCUUUGACUCGCCCUAUCAGCUAUGGAGAGCCACUAGCUCCUACAGCAGGAAGGACUAUUCUGGGGAAUACACAGUCUUCUUAAUUCCCUGCACGGUGCAGCCCACUCAGCCAUGGAUUGAUCCUGGAGAUAAGCCUCUCUCUUGCACAGCCCACGCUCCUGAGAAGUUCCUGCUGCCCAUCGCGUUCCAGCAGACGAAUCGUCCUGUUCCUGUGGUUUACUCUCUCAACACCGAGUUCCAGCUGUGCAACAAUGAGAAGGUGUUCAUGAUGGAUCCUGCAACCACAGACAUGUCCAUGGCCGAGAUGGACUACAAGGGAGCAUUUUCAAUGGGCCAGACUCUGUACGGCAGGGUGAUGUGGAAUCCUGAACAGAAUCUGAACUCGGCCUACAAGCUGCAGUUGGAGAAGGUUUAUCUGUGUACAGGACGUGAUGGCUACGUUCCUUUCUUCGACCCUACGGGAACUUUGUACAACGAAGGGCCUCAAUAUGGGUGUAUCCAACCUAACAAGCACCUCAAACACCGCUUCCUGCUCCUGGAUCGAAAGCAGCCUGAUGUAUGUGACCGCUACUUCCACGAUGUUCCAUUUGAAGCCAGCUUUGCAUCAGACGUCCCCGAGCUGCAGUCCAUAAGCACAAUGCCUGGUGUGGAUGGCUUCACCAUGAAGGUUGAUGCCCUCUAUAAGGUGGAAGCAGGACAUCAGUGGUACCUCCAGGUCAUCUAUGUCAUUGGUCCAGAGUCAAUCUCCAGCCCCAGAGUGCGUCGUUCUGUCAGCUUAGCACUAAAACGUGACCUUAGCGAGCAGUCUGUGCUGGAUGAGUCGCUUAUCUACGACAACGAGGGUGAGCAAGUGAAGAACGGAACCAACAUGAAGGCACUGAAGCUCGAGCUCGAACCCUCGGCCACGUUCGACUCGCACACGAGCGGCUCGGUCGGGGGAGGUGUCGUGGCCCUCUUUCUGCUCAUCGCGCUGGUCCUGGCUUCCUGUUUCCUGUUCAGGAGGUGCCGAAAAGUGGACAAAAGGAAGGCCAUGAAGAACCCAAACACGGAAGAGUAUCCGCUGAACACCAAAGUGGAGGUCGAGCGGCUCGAGAAGAACCUAAAGAACGGCAAGUGCAACGUAAACCUUCUCAGCCAGAGCGCCGACACCUGGAAGGUCAGCGGGGUCAAGGUCAAGCAGGUCAACCUGGAGGUCAAACUUCACAACAACCUUAAUGACGGUACUGAGGUCUGAAGAACGGAAACUAGAGUAUUUAAUGAGACACUGUAAAAACAACUAUUUUCUAUUACUGUCUGUAAUAAUAGAGAGACGUUGUUGUACAAGAUGAGUAUUUUUAUACGACCCUGAGAGGGGGGACAAGGGAAAAGGUCUGUUUGCCAGCUAUGCAGUGUAAAGGAUCUCUCAACUGAGCUACCUCAGGAAGUUACAUCAUCAUAUUGAAUGAUCUCGCUCUGAUCUCAGUCCGAUUUUCAGUUUGCAUUUAUACUUUUCUAAAAAGUCGUUGUCGGGUUUUUUUUUUUUUUGUUGCGACAUCUGUAUCCUUGUUACUGAUACAGCAAUCAGUGGUAGCUCAGCCACAUCAUCACUUUAUUUAAAUGCCUUUAUGUUUUUUAUUCACCCAUUUCAGUAAAAUCGGGAUGAAAGUAUUAAAGCACAGGCUAUGUCCUAGCCGUCCAGAAUUAGGAAAAGAUGUAAAUACCUUUCUAAAGUGCAAUUACACGAUGACAUAGUCAUCUCUCGUAACUGAUUUUUGUUAUAGUUCGAUCACCAUUGUGCCACGUUGAAUUUUUACCAAGUGCGAUUUUUGAGUCUGAAUCCAAAUACGACACCAUUAUUACAUAUCGUGUUAUCGACGAUUACUUUUGCAAGCUGUUUGUUUUCUUUUUGUUUAAACACUGUAACCUGAGUGUUUUGUGCUAAUAUACAAUGUUUUACAGUCUCUCUCUCUAUGCUGUAUUUUUUAAAGCCUGUGGAUUUCUUUUACUGUACUGCACACACAAGCUCCAUCAGUAUCCAGUGACACGAGAUGAUUGCCAUAUUGUCUCAUUUAUUAUUAUUAAUAUUAAUAUUAAUAUUAUCUUAUGCUCAUACGUAUGGCACAUUCAAUGUACCGUGCUGCACAAAUGUUUUCCAGUGUUGUGUUUUUAUGAUUUCGUUACAUAUCCCAUGGUGCUCAUGUGAGACAGUCUGCAGUCGAAAUGCAGCACAUUAUUUUUAUUUCAAUUUGUCUGUUUUGCAGAACGCCAGUGCCUAUCAAGCAGUAAAGAAAAUGUAUGGUGCUAUGAUUUGUGAGGAAAAAAAUAAUGACGCUCUUGAUGUAAUGCCUGUACUAUGUGCCUUUUUAGUAAUAAAAAAGAUG